GCACUCAUCUUCAUGUUUUGCUAUAUAUAACUAAAACACCACUCUGGGAUUUGUGCAUAUUCUUCACCAAGCUUCCCAUUUCUGAAUUCAAAUGGCAUAUGGUAGAAACAGAGCCUCCUCUGUUUUGGAUGGCUUCACUCUGAAUCCCUUGCCAUACCCUGUUCUGUUAAUCUUAGCAGUGAUCUUCCUAUUCCUUGGGAUUUCAUGGUACUUCUCGUAUGAAGAAGUGGUUGAAGCUGCGGAAGAACAACUGGGUUGGGUGCUGUUUGCCACACCAGUGGUGCUAAUACUCAUAGUUCGUUGGUUAUCAUCAGUGGAAACUUCAGAUUGGUGGUUCUUUAACUCGUCACCAUGGGAGAGACGCUGGAGGACCCACCACCACCCAUCAGAGGGUGCAUCGCCUUGGGGUGUUGCUGCUGUGAUCGUGCUCGUUCUCGUACUUUUGCACUAUCAAUCAACUUUUCUUGAUAGCUGGUUUGUUUGAUUUGGUAAUAUUGUUUUCAGCUGGUUUGUUUCUCUUUAGUUUUUUUGUUUUUUUUUCGUGGGCUUUCUGUUUAUUACUUAUUAAUUAGAAAAAAAGACAUUGUGACUAUGAAACGUUGAUGCAAACGUUGUGAUUAUU